CUGCAAAGAGCAUACCACAAAGAAACAAGAACUGUUGAACGGAUGUCACAACAACGAAGCUCUUGUUAAAACACAGGAUGUCAGGGUGUGUCCCCGUCUGCACGUCAAGAGAAGUUCGGAGCCUGUUUUUGGUAACUAUCCUCCUCUUGACAGUAUUCCUCUGGCUUCACUUUAUUCUCAUUCGUAAGCCACCUAUAAAUAAUGUCUCGCAUACACUCAACCUUAGUACCGUUGAGAAAACGAUUCAAGCGCGGCAAAUACACUUUCCUCAGAGACGAUCACCUUAUCUCACAAGCGGGGUGAGCCAAAAUCAUCUAGCACAAGAUCCUAAGAAACCACUGCUUGUUCUUCACUGGACAGAGCAGCCUGGCUUCUACUUCCAUGUGAACAACUCGUCAUUUUCCGGCUGCCCUGUGAGCAGCUGUUCAGCCACCUCAGAUCGUAAGCUGCUGUCGAUUGCUGACGCAGUUGUCAUCCAUGGACACAGAAUAAAUAUGAGCAAUCUACCUAGCCGGAAACGGCCACACAAGCCCUAUGUGCUAGUCUGGCGCGAGGCUCCGCCGCAGACUCCGUCGCGCCUCCCGCUCCGGAAACUGGUAGGCUACUUUGACCUGAUGAUGGCGUACACGAGGGACGCGGACGUGCUGUUUCCAUAUGGACUGACGGGUGAAGGCAAGCAGACGGAAAAGGUGCCGGCUUUCAACGCCAGUCGCGGGGUGCGGCCAGUGGCCUGGAUGGUGUCCCACUGUAAAACCGUGUGUAAGAGGGAGCAGUACGUCGCCCAGCUACGCCACCACAUCGCAGUGGACACAUUCGGCAAGUGCGGCGAGCGGCGGUGUCCUGAGCACAUAACCGACUGCUACCGACACCUGGCCGAGACGCACCUCUUCUACCUGUCCUUCGAGAACUCCCUCUGCGACGACUACAUCACAGAGAAGUUCUGGCUGGCGCUGCAGGCCGGCAUGGUGCCGGUGGUGCGCGGCCCGUCGCCGCAGUCCUACCACCGCGUGGCACCGCCCAACUCCUUCAUCCACGUGGAGGAGUUCGCCGGGCCCAAGGCUCUGGCCGCCCAUCUGCUGGAGCUGUCUCGCAAUCGGACGGCGUAUGAGGAGUACCAUGCAUGGCGUAGCUCCCACAAGCUGCAGUAUCCCCGCCCCAUGUGUAAUCUGUGCCACCGGCUGCAUUACGGUGAUCGGCCGAAGCCACUGCACUUGUCGAAACUUUGGUCCGUGGAGGACCUGUGUCACGAACCUCGCGACCUUGACGAGGAAAGCUCAUCUUGACUCAGGCUAAAUAUGUGGGGAAACUUGAAUGACAUUACUGAAAUAUGUACAGUUUGGUGCAUAAGAAUGGAGAU